AUGAAUGAGAGACGCGAAAUCAGCCUCAAAUCCUCCGGUCCCGGCCAAGUCAUCGGAACCAAGCUCAAGGGCCUCAAGAAGAGAGCUGCUGAGCUUGAGAAGAAGCCGCGCUCAGUCAUCAAAGGAACUUUGCGGAAGAAGCGCAGACCCCAGAAGGAGGGCCGAAAAGCUGCGCCUGAAAUGGAGGUGGCCGCAGGUAGCCAGAGCAACCAGUGA